AUGCCCGCCGUGCUCCUCUUGCUGCUGGGCCUAUUCAUUGUCGUCGCCGCUUCGUCUAUGCGCCGGCUUGUGACCGGAGCCCUCGCCAGCAUUCCCGGGCCCCGAUUUGCUGCCCUUUCUCGCGUCUGGUACGCAUACCAAGUGCGCAACGGCCGGUUGCUGCAGCUGGCGAAGACGCUGCACAAGAAAUAUGGCCCGGUCGUGCGCGUGGCCCCGAACGAGGUGUGGUUCGACUCGCAAGAGGCUUUUCGGGUGAUAUACAACCCUAGCCAUGGCUUUGACAAGUCUGACUUUUACCUAUCUACCGUCUUAUUCCACCCCGAGAUGGACUGGCGGAAGCCGUCCGAGCUCAACUUUCCCGACACCUUGGACCUGCUGUCGGAGCGCGACAUGAAGCGCUACCGCCAGCAACGACGCCUCAUCGGCCCUGUCUAUCACGAGACCAACGUGGCCAAGUUUGGCUCGGCCGUGGACGCCGUGCUGGACAGAGCAGUUGCCGAGCUACGGUCGUUGAACGGCGCCGAAGUCGACCUCAAAGAGUGGAUGCACAUUGUGGCCGUCGAAUGCUUGGGCGCCGUUGUCCUGGGCUGGUCGCCCAAGUUCCUGCAAGCACACUCAGACUUUGGGUCGAGCAGUGCUAGCUACUAUAACUGGCGCCGCAAGAGCGUGUUUGGCCUGUUCCCUGGAUUCGUUGUCGCCGAGUUUCUGUGUGGCGGCCGCGGCUGGGUGAUUCGGCCGUUUGCAGCCGUCUGGCGCCUGGGCUAUGAGACGCGGGCCGGGUUCCGCAACUUCUUCACGGGCCUAGGCCAGCGUGUUGCCGCAAGGGUGCGGAAAGCAAAGCGAGCCGCGGCGGAGGCGGCAGAGAAGGCGGAAAAGGCGGAAAAGGAGGGAAAGGUGGCCGGUCAGUCUUCUCCGACACCCAAAGCAGCUAACCGCGACCUUAUGGCCGACCUCAUCGACCUGCACCGCACGAAGCCCGAUUUCAACGACACUUACCUCCGCCGCAUGGCCAUUACAAACUUUGGCGCGGGCCACGAGACCAUGUGCUCGGCAUUGACCGCGGCCGUGGCCAUGAUUGGCUCGCACCCGGACGCGUUCCAGACCGUGGCCGACGAGGUGCGCGCGCUCAAGGGGAACAAUAAGACUGUCUGUUCUGCGCGCGAUGCCAUGGCCAAAGUGCCCUUUACUGCAGCCAGCAUCAAAGAGGCACAGCGGCUCCAUCCGGCAAUUGGCAUGUCGCUGUCGCGCGUGGUCCCCGACGGUCCGCCGGUCGAGCUGCACGGGCAUGUCUUGCCGCCGGGUACCAUUGUGGGAUGCAGCCCUCCUGCACUGCACCGCAACCGCGAGGUCUUUGGACAGGAUGCCGACGAGUUUCGGCCUGGUCGAUGGCUUGACGCGCAAAGGAAGGAAGAAUUGGAUCCCUUGCAACGACGGCUGAUGGAGCGCAUAAACUUGACAUGGGGCGGCGGUGCACGCACGUGUCCAGGGCGCUACCUGGCCGAGCUGGUCGUAUACAAGGCCGUCGUGGCUCUCGUGCGGAACUUUGACAUUGAAGCGACAAUGCCGGCAGACGAGGAUAUCCGGUACUACUUUUUGGCCAUGCUGAAUGGUGCGAGGGCACGAUUCCAUGUCAGGGAAGCGGGGACCAGGCGAAGAAAAGACAGCUCGAAUACCGCGUAA